CAUGCACAUCAGGAUUGGAGUCAGCUGGCGGUAGUAGCGGCAGUUGAAGUUGAGGCCCCAGUCUUGAGUUGCUGAGAAGGCUUGAAAUAGAAGCCUGACUGCUGGGUCUGCGGGCGCGAUGGAGACUAGACAUUCAAAAGAAACACCCUUCUGCUUGAGCGUGAAAGGACACGUGAAGUUGCUGCGGUUGGUGAUGACUGUAGCAUCCAUGACCUUUUUUGUCAUUGCUCAGGCCCCUGAACCAUACAUUGUUAUCACUGGAUUUGAAGUCACUGUUAUCGUCUUUUUCAUAGCUCUGUAUAUGUGCAGACUUGAUAAACUGAUGAAAUGGUUAUUUUGGCCUUUGCUUGAUAUCGUCAACUCCCUGGUAACAACCUUGUUCAUGCUCGUUGUGUCUGUGUUGGCUCUCAUCCCAGAAACCACAACAAUGACCAUUCUUGGAGGGGAUCUUAUCAACAGUCUUAUUUCAGCUGUUUUCCUUUCGGCAGUUUCUAUAAUGACGACUCAAGAAAAAGGAAGAAAGAGUUUAUUACAUGUUGGAGGGGCCCUGUGCCUCUCGGCAGCAAUCCUGUGUCUCUUUGAUGCUCUGUUGGUCAUCAAGGCAAUGUGGAUUAAGAGGAAAAGAAACAAGGAAAUGAAAACUUGGGCCACCUGGUACACUGCAUCCAGGUAGAAGCUUCGCUGAAGCCAGCCAGCCCUCCUCAGCACCUGGCAGAGACUCGCGCUUUGUAGUAUCACUCCUCGGGACCAUCACAGAGCUCCUACGCCCAGUGUGA